CAGCAACAAGAGGAAAACGAGCAGCCGCAACCAUCUAGAGAGGACAACUCGACCCCUCCUGUUACGAACGGCCCUUUAGUGUCUAAUGAUGCCAGCAUCAGCAGUAACCUGCAGGCCAUGUCCUCUCAGCUCUUCCAGGCAAAACGUUGCUUCCGGCUCGCACCCACCUUUAGCAAUGUUCUGCUCCGCCCUGCGGCUGCCACUAACCCCACCCCAGACUCAAACCCCGCCCCAAUACAAGAAGCCACACCUCCUACUGGAGAAACACCGAAGCACAUGAGUCCAGAGAUCGCUAAUGGAACCAACGACAAAGAUCCUGACUCUGAUUCUGAGGACAGUGUUCACAGCAACCAGUCGCUUCCCAGUGAGAAAACCCUUUCUGAGCGACUGGAGAUUCUGACCAAUCAGGGUCUCAUCCAGGUGGUGAAGGUCUUUUUGGAUUGGCUGAGGACGAACACUGAUAUCAUCCUCAUGUGUGCUCAGAGUUCUCAGAGCUUGUGGAACAGACUUUCAGUGCUGCUUAAUCUACUUCCUGAGGGCAGCAAGAUAUUAGAAACUGAUUUAGGUCUGAAUAAGGAUGUAACAGAACUCCUGAGUGAGUGUGAGCAGCCUGGUUUGGUCCAGACACUGCUGUUGCCCGAGGAUCUUGCCCUUCGCCACCUUCCUGCCCUCAGCGUAGCCCAUCGACGCCUGGACUUCACUAGCCAGAGACCCCCACUUACCCCUCUGGAUGAGUGUGUGGUGCGCGUAUGCUGCAUUCGCAGCUUUGGUCACUUCCUCACAAGUCUCCAAGGCAACGUGUUACACUUCAACCCAGAGGCGGGCAUCUUCACCAGCAUCAGCCAAUCAGAGCAGGAGAAUCUGAUUCAGCAGGCCAAGGCCCAGUUCCGCAUGGCGGAGGAGGAAGCUCGCAGAAACCGGCUCAUGAGAGAUAUGGCCCAGCUGCGGCUACAGUUGGAGGUCUCUCAGCUGGAGGGCAGUCUGCAGCAGCCCAAAGCCCAGUCCUCCAUGUCUCCUUAUCUGGUGCCAGAUACCGCUGUUCUCUGCCAGCACCUGGGGCUGCUCAGACAGCUGGCUGCCAGCGGCUGCUUCAUCAUCAUCAUCCCUCGCACAGUGAUUGAUGGUCUGGAUAUGCUGAAGAAAGAGAACUCUGGAGCGAGAGAUGGCAUCCGGUUCCUUGAGACAGAGUUUCGGAAAGGGAACAGGUACAUCCGCUGUCAGAAAGAGUCGGGAAGAAGCUUUGAGAGGGACAAAUUAAAACGACAGGACAUAGAAGCCUGGCACCUGUAUAAGAUGGUGGACAGCUGUCGUCAGCUGACGGGAUCUCAGAGCAGUGGAGAUGAAGACACCGCUGGCAUGGUGACCAUUUUGACAGGACACUCAUUGGAGGAGCUGACUGAAAGAUCAGCUUCCAUGAAGGUGUCUGUCCAGGCGGUGGCAGCGGCAGGCAUGGAGCUGAAGAACAUCACCGAGUUCUACCGGCAGUGGAAAGAGAUGGGCUGAGAGACGGCGUGGGACGCAAGGGGUCGGCUUGGCAUUCAGCUGAUCGCACACUCACUCCCCCUCUCUCUCAAUCUCUCACUCUCUCUCUCUCUCUCCAACUUUAUCUGUAUCUGUGUCUCCAUGGGAAAAAAUACUCAAAAGAUGGAGGUUUGUAAGGAAGGGAGGGUGCAGGAAGUGUUCGGAGAAAAGAGAAGUCAGAUGCACAGGGGCUUUAAACGAACAACGGCGCAUCCUCGACCCCGACACAGGAGGAUUAAAAGCUACAGGGUGAAAUAACUCCGUUUAAGUGCCCCUGGUGCGCUAUAACCAGGCAUAUCUGCCGAUGAAAUGAGUGUAUAUGUUUUGAGAGAGAACAAACAUUCAUGUGCAUAUACGUCAAAAACAAACCCAUAAAUUGAAAUGUAUAGAACAAUGUUUUUGGAUGACUUUUUAUUUCCGUCUUUUCGCUACGGUCAUGGGGUUGCACUGCCACGUGGAUGUGUGUUUUUGACUGCAGCGGUGAACACCGUCUAGCGUUUACCCUUGGUUCCUAGGGUCACGAAGGAUUCAGGGUAUAGGGUGUACACUUCUUUUUGAUGAUUUGUUCUUUCUAACGUGGCUUUCCCCCACCAGUUUUUUUUUUUUUUUUUUUUUGCGGUGUAACUUUGUGAUUUAAUGUAUUGUGUUAUCUGUGUAUGAGCAGGAAGUCUGGCAAAUGGUUGCUUUUAUUUGAUUUUAUUUUUGUAUGUCGUAUAGUUGCCUUUAUAUGCUGUGCUGAACACACAGGAAUGAGGUUGGGUGUAGAGAUGUUUCUUUCUGUUAUGGCAUAAAGAAACGACUCAGAGUUACACACAUCUGAUUCUGUGCUUACAGAUGUGGAAGUGUUUCUGCUCGACUCUAAACAUGAGAUUACUACUCAGCAAAUCUAGUCGCAGCCAUUCGCCAUCACAUUCUCAUAGUAAUUGUCCCAUAUUGCACAUCGCAAAGGAAUCCAGUGUAUGUGUGAGGCAGUGCGUUAAACAAUAAAAUAUUUCAUUUAAAAAUGA